CCAGCAUGUCUAAGCCUGCAGCUCUCACCCAUGUGCUGCACGCUCAGGGUGCUGUUUCCUACCUGCUGCUGUGGCAUGGCCCUUGCUGUGGCUCAGAUGCACUUGGCGCUGUGCAGAGCAGGGCUGGCUGCAGGCCCCUACCCCACAGACCUUCAAGACAGGCAGUGCUGGGAUCCCUGGUCCUAUGGGACCCCUGGGCUCCUGGAUUCACCUUCAUUUAAGCUCUUUCAUCUGUUUCAGAGCCAUAGAUCCUCCUGCCUGGCACAGAGCCAGUGCCCGGCAACAGAUAAAAGGCAGUGAGUGUGGAAAUGGCUGCAUCUGAGGCUGCUGGCAGGGAAAUGGAGGUCUUGUGCUCGGAGCUGCUCCUGCCCACGCCAGGAGCCUCAGGAGCCGUGGGAAGCCCAGGUGCUGCCAGCGCUGGCCUAACUGGGACACCUCCACUGACUAUGAGCCAGAGGUUGCUGCUGGCUGAGGCCUCGAUGCCUGGAGAAGGGGCUCAUGCAGAAGAAAGCAGUAUGGAAAUAUUCAUUGAGGCUGUGGCUGGCAAUGUGACACUGAGCAAUGCGGCCAAUGCCACAGAGGUGCUGGUCAAAGUGAUGGAGCUGUAUUUCUGCGAGAGGUGCGACCAGAGCUUCUCAGAGCCCUCCCUGCUGUCCCAGCACCAAUGCCUGCUGCUAGCACCCGCAGGACAACUGGAGCUUGCUGGGGUGCUUUCGGCACCCACCAGUGAGGAGCAGAGCAAGGCAAGGAGCUCGGAGCCACCAGGAGCAGGUGGGCAGGAGGGCUCUGCCCCCGAGCACCUGCUGUGCCCCAUCUGCCAGGAAGCGUUUGCACAGCCUGGUGAACUCAAGGAGCAUUUCAAGACCCACCGCAACCCACAGGGAGCCCUGCCCUGCCCUGAGAAGGGCUGCCACUUCACCACGGAGGACCGCAAGCAACUGCGCAGCCACCUGAGUCGUGUGCACGGGGCCUCCCCUGUGUCCUGCACCUACCGCACCUGCCACCUGCUCUUCCCGAGCCGCCUGGCCAUGGAGCAGCACCAUCGUACCCACCUCCCCUUCCACUGCAGCCGCUGCGACUUCGUCACUGCUAACGCCAAGCUCUUCUGGCAGCACAGGAAGGGCCAUGCCGCGGAGCCCCCUGCUGAGACGCAGGUGACAGAAAGCACCUGCAGCUUGGCUGCCCCAGCCAGGACCAGUCUCGAGCAGCCCUGCAUCCUGCUGUCGGCAGAAGAAGGGCAAGAAGAGGCAGGGAGUCGCCACCCUGGCUGGGAAGCAGCCGCAGAAGUAGCCAGGCCAGCAGAACGUGUUGUCACCAGGGAGGGCUCCUUGGAGGAGCAGAAGAUAUCAACUGGAGAAGAGGACUCGGAGAGCGGUGGGGAUGAGUCGCUGGAGGAGGAUGGAGAGAGCCCCUAUGAGGGUGAGACCAAAGAGGAUGGGAAGGAGGCUCCUGAGAAAGCCAAGGUGCCCCGGGCACAGCACUUCAAAGGGGACAUUGUAGAGGGCUCAGAAUACCUCUAUAAAACCCACAUGUGCCCUGAGUGCAAGCGGUGCUUCAAGAAGCGGACGCACCUGGUGGAACACCUCCACCUGCACUUCCCCGACCCCAGCCUGCAGUGCCCGAACUGCCACAAGUACUUCACCAGCAAAAGCAAGCUGAAAAUCCACAUGAUGCGGGAGACAGGCGAGAAGGCCCACCGCUGCCCGCUCUGCCACUACAGCUCAGUCGAGAAGAAUGCCCUCAACCGCCACAUGGCUAGCAUGCAUGAGGACAUCUCCAACUUCUACUCUGACGUCUACUCCUGCCCUGUCUGUGAGAAGAAGUUUCGGCUCAGCCAGGCCCUCAAAGAGCACUUGAAGACUCACAAAGCUGAGCCCAAGAGGCUGAGCUGCUUCCAGGGAGGCUGUGACUACUGUGCCGAAGACCGGAAAGAGUUUGUCCGUCACCUCAAGGAUGCUCACGGCAUCAAGGCGGUGGAGUGCAAGUACCACGCCUGCUCGCUGCUCUUCGGCACAGCUGAGGCCAUGGAAGCUCAUCGAAAAACCCACUACGCUUUCCACUGCCAGCAGUGUGACUUCAUCUGCUCCAACAAGCAUGUCUUCCGCAAGCACAAGAAGCAGGGGCACCCAGGCAGCGAGCAGCUCCAGUGCAGCUUUUGCCCCUUCGCCACCUUCAACCCUGUAGAGUUUCACGACCAUGUGGGCAAGAUGCAUGCCAAUGAAAAGAUCCACAAGUGCACUGAGUGCGCCUUUGCCACUGCGCACAAGAGGGUGCUCAUCCGGCAUAUGCUGCUGCACACAGGAGAGAAGCCCCACAAGUGUGAGCUGUGUGACUUCACGUGCCGGGAUGUGAGCUACCUGUCCAAGCACAUGCUGACCCACUCCAAUGACAAGAACUUCAUGUGCACUGAGUGCGGAUACAUCACCAAGUGGAAGCAUUACUUGAACGUCCACAUGCGCAAGCACACCGGAGAUCUCCGGUACCAAUGCAACCAGUGUUCAUACCGGUGCCACCGUGCCGACCAGCUGAGCAGCCACAAGCUGAGGCAUCAGGGCAAAAGCCUGAUCUGUGAGGUGUGUGGCUUCGCCUGCAAGCGCAAGUAUGAGCUGCAGAAGCACAUGCAGGCAAAGCACUCGCAGAACUACCAGGUGCCCAUCUUCCAGUGCCAGUACUGCACCUACCAGACGAAGUACAAGCAGGCGCUGCUGAACAACGAGAACUGCAAGAACACCAAGCAGAAGGAGUUUCGCUGCGCCCUCUGCUCAUACUGCACCUUCAGCAACACCAGCCUCUUCUUCCACAAGCGCAAGAUUCACGGUUACGUCCCUGGUGACAAGGACUGGCUGGAAAACUAUGCCAGCAAGGAGCUGGAGAUCAGCUCAUCCGAGGCACUCUUUGGCUGCGAGCUCAGUGUGGCCCUGCGUUCAGAUGCUGGCUCCCCCCUCUCUGCCAAAGAGCAGUGGGCAAAAGUAAGGCCACCCCAGCUAGAGUCCCAGGGGGAAGAGGGCCACCAGCAAGCAGUGGUGUUGCCCCUUCUUAGGCAGGAAGCUGCUGCGUCGGAGGAUAGCGCUGAGGUGGGAAGAGGUGUGGGUGAAGGGGAGCAGAGUUGUCCUGUUGCUGGUGAUGCCCUGGGAGAUUCCUGUGUGCAAGCUGACCCUGCUUCAGGCUCAGCUAAGCUUGCCACUUCCAGGGAUGUGGUCGAGAGCUGCACCUUGCACUUGGAGACCCUGCACGUCUCGUCCAACCCCGUGCUGGAGCAUUUGGCUGGAGAUGCCUGCUCAUCGCAGCCAGAGAGCGUGGAAAUGCUGGCUUGCAAGGAGCCUCCUGCAGCCUAUGAGGUGCUGGGCUCCCAGGAUGACCUUGGUUUGGAAGACAAUGACAAUGCACUCGAAGACAUCCCAGACUUUGAGGAGGACGAGGCAGAUACACACAGGGAUGGAGCAGUGAGGCUGGAGAGUGGUGUUGUGGCGGGAGACGGCCAGGGAAAAGAUGCCGUCGGGGAGAACGUGGGCAACUUCGAGGGGUCAUGCUCGGACCUCCACAAGCUGGUUGCAGACACUGAGAUGAGAGAGAAUGGCCAAGCUGAGCUGCCAGAGGCCUGGCUCAGUGUGGUGAAGACAGCUGAGCAGAGCCGCCCCCCCACCCUGGAGGAUGUGGCCACUUCUGGUGAUGAUGCAAAGGCUGGCUCAGAGUCAGUGCUAAAGGCGCUGCGGAAGCAGGACAAGGAGCAGGCGGAGACACUGGUGCUGGAGGGCAGGGUGCAGAUGCUGGUGGUGCAGUCAGAGAGCCAGAUCUUUAAGUGCGAGAAGUGCUCGUACAUCACGCGGAAGGAAAAGUCCAUGUCCCUACACUCCAAAGCCAGCUGUCAGAGCCGCCGGUCGCCACUCGUGUGCCCAGCUGUUCAGGAGCUGCCUGGGUUGUGCCAACCUGCCAGCCAGCCUGGUGACAAUGGUCCAGAAACAUCAGAGAGCGAUAGGGGAAGCUUGGAGGAGUCUGCGCAUCCAGAAACCCUGUGGGAAGUGGAACUGCUACCUGAUAAAACACAGGCAUCAGGCAGUCCCCUAGCCAAGAAACCGGCUUCAGGCAAUCCUGCCCCUGAGAAAUCCCUCCCAGAUGACAGUAUGGGCAUGGUGGAAGAGCCUUCACAGCAAGAGGACCCACCUGAGCCAGGUGGAGCUGCUUGUCCCUCCCAGCCUGGGAAAGCCUCUGAGAAAUACCGCCUGGAGGGAGGGAAGCUGCGCUGCAAUGCUUGCUCCUUCGUGUGCUCCCGUGUCUCCACUAUCACCUCCCACGUGGAGGAUGGGUGCCGGAGCCUGGAGCAGUUCUGGUGCUCCCUGUGCCCUGCGGCCUUCCGCUCUCGGCGGGCCCUGAAGAGCCACCACACUGAGAAGCACGUUGUGCAUCCUGAGGAGGAUAGAUGCCAGAGCACCAAGCCCCUUGAGGGGGGACCAGCUCGCGGUGAGACAGGCCAGCCCAGUGAGCCCCCGAUGGACGUAGCUCCCUUGAGAGCUACGUUUCCCAAGAGGAGGCGUUUCUCUUGCCCCACCUGCCCCUUCACCUGCCACCAGGAGCGGGCUAUGAAGACGCACAAGAAGAGGGGCUGCGUGACACUGGGCGAGUUUCGCUCUGCCUCCUGCCCCUUCACCUCCAAGGUGGCCAAGACCCUGCGGCUGCACCGCAAGCACUACAGCAAGCGGCCACAGCUGCAGUGCCGCCAGUGCGAGUUCACUUGCAAGCAGGCCCGGUGCCUGCGGCAGCAUGUCCGCAUCAAGCACGAGGGUGUGAAGCCGCACAAAUGUCAUUACUGUGAGUUCAGCACCACACGGCGGUACCGCCUGGAGGCCCAUCAGUCCCUGCACACCGGCGUGGGGCGCAUCGCCUGCGGCAUUUGCAGCCAGACCUUCGGCACCAACUCCAAGCUGCGCAUCCACCGCCUGCGGGUGCACGAGAAGACACCCACCCACUUCUGCCCGCUCUGCGACUACAGCAGCUACCUGCAGAACGACAUCACCCGCCACGUGAACAGCUGCCACUGUGGCGAGCUCAACUUCGGCUGCUCGCGCUGCGAGGCCCGCUUCAGCUCUGAGACGGCCCUCAAGCAGCACGUCUUGCGACGGCAUGAGGAGAAAGUGUCCUAUGGCUGCCCGCACUGCGGCUUUGUGUGCCACAGCGAGGCCACCCUCAAGUGCCACGUGCAGAAGCAGCACCCGCACCUGGAGUGCAGCACCUGCAAAGAGACCUUUGCCACCCGGGACGCUCUGGAGGAGCACAAGAAGCAGCAUUUCAGCCACCGCUGUGAGCUCUGCAGCUUUGCGGCCAAAGAACGGCAGCAGCUGGUGAGGCAUUACGUGGAGACCCACGAGCCCGCUGCUGCCCAGGAUAAACCCCUGCGAUGCCCCUUCUGUGACUUUGCCUGCUGCCACCAGCUCGUCUUUGACCAGCACAUGAAGGGCCAUGGGGGUACCCGCGUGUAUAAGUGCUCGGACUGUGAAUACACCACCAAGAACAGGCAGAAGAUCACAUGGCACAUCCGCAUCCACACUGGUGAGAAGCCCUACAAAUGCCACCUCUGUAAAUACGCCUGUGCUGACCCCUCACGUCUCAAGUACCACAUGCGGAUCCACAAGGAGGAACGGAAAUACCUGUGCCCGGACUGCGGCUACAAGUGCAAGUGGGUGAAUCAGCUCAAGUACCACAUGACGAAGCACACAGGCCUGAAGCCGUACCGCUGCGAUGAGUGUGAGUACCGCACAAACCGGGCGGAUGCGCUGCGGGUGCACAAGGAGACGCGGCACCGGGAGGCCCGAUCCUUCAUCUGCGAGCAGUGCGGCAAGGCCUUCAAGACCCGCUUCCUGCUCAAGACCCAUCUGAAGAAGCACAGCGAGGAGAAGCCAUACGUCUGCAAUGCCUGCGGGCGGGCUUUCCGCUGGGCAGCCGGCCUGCGCCACCAUUACCUCACCCACACCAACGAGCACCCUUUCUUCUGCCGCUACUGCCCCUACAAGGCCAAGCAGAAGUUCCAGGUCAUCAAACACAUCCAGCGGCACCACCCUGAGCACGGGUCUGAUGAUCUGAGCCAGGGGGUGGGCAAGGAUCCCAGCACGCCUACCGUCCACCUCCACGAUGUGCAGAUGGAGAACCAUGCCAAGGGGCCCCCCCGGCCAGAGCAGGAAGGGAGCUCCCCCAUAGCAAAGGAUGGUGCCCCGUAGUGAGGCAGAAGCCUUGGCCUGAGCCUGGCCCUGGCUGCUUCAAGACCCUGUGAAUGCAGGCCCUCUACAGUGAUGUAUGUGUGUGUAUAGGCAUAUAUGUAUAUGGGAUGUAAAAUAUGUGGCUGUA